AUGUUGAGAAGAAGUACAUCUACACUUGAAAAGACAAGAUAUAUUAAAGGUUCCUUUUUGGUGGUCAGACCAGAUACCGAUAAAGAGUUAUUUUGGUUAGCUUUGGCCUUGGAAGAUGCUUCCUAUAGGAAUACAGAAAUAUAUGUAAGAUGGUUAAAUCAAAUCGAAGGCAAUGAGUUGGAGUACAGUUUGGCAUCGACUGCACAGUCCUGUAAGAUUCCGAUCGACUCGAUUUUGAUAUCUACAAAGCUGACGCUGCGUGACAAGGAUGUCACUGACGAGGACAAAAAGGUAUAUAAGAUCUCGAAAGCCGAGCUGAACAGAGCCAAGCUUGUCGCCGAGGAGGACAGAGAAUCUGACGAGUCUGACGACGAGGAAGAAGAGGGUGCCGAGACUGGUGCAGAGAAAGAAGCUGCUGAAGAGUCAGAGGAAGAGGAGGAGUCAGAGGAAGAGGAGCAACCAAAGAAAACUGUUGUUCCAAAGGAACCAAAGUCUCCAAAGAAGAAACCACCUGCAUCUCCAAAGAAAAAGAAAGAGACAACAACUACCACCAGCAGCACAACUUCCACUCCCAAGAAAGAGACAGCCAAAGAAAAGAAAGCAAAGGAAACCAAAGAGAAAGAGAAAGAAAAAGAAAAAGAGAAGGAGAAGGAGAAGGAAAAAGAAAAGGAGAAAGAGAGCAAGAAGAAGACUACAAAGAAAGAUAAAGAAAAGGAGGAAAAGAAAUCGAAUGGAAAAGAAACAUCUGAUGACAAGAAGAAAACCACCAAGAAAGAGAAGGAAAAAGAGAAAGAGAAAGAGAAGGAAAAGGAGAAAUCAAGUAGUAAAUCAAAGAAAGAAAAAGAAAAGGAGAAGGAAAAAGAAAAAUCUUCAAAGAAGAAAUCAUCAUCCAAGAAAAAGAAGGAUGAUUCCUCUUCCUCGGAAUCGGAAUCUUCCGACUCUGAUUCUUCGUCGUCAGAGGAUGAAAAGUCAUCAAAGAAGAAGAAGAGCAGCGCUGCCAAUGGAAAGAAGAAGGUGACAAAGAAGACAACCGGCAAGUCAAAGAAACAGAAGGAGGAAUCUUCAGACUCAUCAUCCGAUUCAUCUUCGUCCGAGUCAGAGUCAGAGAAGAAGAGUAGCAAGAAGAAAGCCACUCCAAAGAAGACAACUGCCACCAAGAAGAAGGAGACCGUCAAGAAGAGAAAGAAGGAAUCCGAGUCAUCGAACGAAUCCUCUAGUGACGAGAAGCCAACCAAGAAGAAAACCAAAGCAAAGACUGGCGAAUCCAAGCCAGCAGCCGCAGCCGACGACAAGAAGAAGCAGCCAACCAAGGCAGAGAUCAGAGAUCGUACCAAGAAAGGAAAACCCAAUCCCACCAUCCAAGUGGUAACUACCGAUCCAACUUUCGAGUCGACCAGCAACACCAUCGUCGUCUGCUGUUCUAUGUGCACUGCCCGUGAAGCUAUCCGUGCAGUCGAGACCGACAAUAUGAUUCUCCUUGAGGAGCUUGUCAAGCGCAGUGACUACCGCUCACUCUUUGUAAACCGAUCCACCGAUAUUCCUUUGACCGCACUUCACUAUGCCAUCGCCAAAAACAACGUCAAAGCAAUCCAAAUCAUUUUCAGUGACUCCAAGAACGACAAGAAGAAGCGUCCAAACAUGCCAAGCUUCGAGUCAGAGUCUGUCGGUUCCUACGACCGUUACACCUACGGACAUCACAUCCGUCAAGUCAACUCAUCAAGAGGUAACCGUGAAGGAAAGGAAUCAUUCCUUCAUGAUCGUGAAAGUUAUGAAGCUGAGUAUGAUUUGAAUGAUAGUCUGUUGGAAGAUAUUGCAUCUUAUGCACUUGGUUUGACUAAUUUGCAAUACUCCACCUUGGAAGAGUUGAUCAAGUUGAUUCCAAAUUUGGAGGAUAUGGUCAACAAUAGAAUCCAUCUGGCAGUUCGUGCUGCCAAUAUUGAGAUUGCCGAGAAACUGAUUCAGACACUCGUCAAGCGAUCCGGUUUCGGAUUCAACAACUUGCAUUUCGAGUCGUUGAGAACCAGCGGUGCAGAUUUCUCUGCCAGUUUCAAGUCGCCAUCAGUCACCAAGAAGCCAAUUGGCAAUGCCUAUAUCACUCCACUGCAUUGCGCUGCUGCCAACCCGAAGGAGAAGUAUCUCAAGCAACUACUCGAGUCUUGUUCGGAGCCAAGCAGACCUGAUCAGAACCAAUUCCGUCCAAUUCACUAUGCCGCCGCUGCAUCUACACCAAACUGCUUGAACCUCUUGAUCGCCAAGGGUGUCGAGCUCAACGACUUUACCGCCACUGGAAUGUCGCCUUUGAUGAUCGCCGCACAGUAUGGUCGUGUACAGAAUAUCAAGGCAUUGAUCAAGGCUGCCAAGUCCAAAGACAACGAGAUCGUCAAUACCUUCAACAAGAAGAAGCAGAGCGCUUUACUUGUUGCCGUCGAGCACAACCAGCUUGGUUCGAUCCGUACUCUGUUGAAUGAUGGUGCCGACGUUGAAAUGGCCGAGAAGAUCACCAAGUAUACACCGCUAAUGAAGGCUUGUAUGCAAGGACAUCUCGAUGCUGUCAAGAUUCUCGUUGAGGAGGGCAAGGCCAACAUCGAAAAGAAGGACAAAUACAAGAAGACACCGUUGAUGCUCGCCGUCAAGAAUGGACAUCUCACCAUUGUCUCUUAUCUGCUCCACAUGAAUGCAAUGCUCAAGGUUGUCGACUCUACCAAGAACAACUCACUGCACUACUCUUGCGCUUACGGUUGGUUUGAAAUCACCAAGUAUCUCAUUGAGGAAUUCAAGCUCCCGUUGGACGAUCUCAACGACUGGAAAGUGACACCACUCUCUGUCUCGCUCAUGAAAGGUCACUUCCGUAUCACUGAAUAUCUCAUGGAGCACAAAGCCGAUGCCAAUGUCGUCGACGAGGACGGACGUGACAUCCUCCUCCAAUCGCUCAACGUAGACAUCAACGAAUCCAUUGUAAAUAAUGUGCGUUAUCUCGUUGACAACUGCGGUUCGUCAGUCAACCACCAAGAUAAGGACGGCAUGUCAUCGAUCCACUAUCUGGCCAAGCGUGUCGCCUUCCAAACAAAGAACUACGAAUCGUUUAUCAAGUCCAUCGAGGAGCGUACUCAGUCCAUCAGCCUGGUCGGAGAUAUUCUCAUCUCCAAGGGUGCCAACCUCGACCUCACCGACAAGAAGGGUCGCACUCCACUGAUGCUCGCCGUCGAAAAUGAGAAUGUCUCUGCCAUCCAAUUCCUGUUAAAGCGUGGAGCAUCUAUCUCUGGAGUCUACGAAGACAAAUCGACCAUUCUCCACCACAUCCCACGAUUCUACAAGAAUUUCUGGUGUAUUUUCGCUGAUCUCACCAAUCUCAUUUUGGCCGCGCCACAAAUUGGAACCAUUGUCGACCAGCUCAACAAGGAUGGAAUGACUCCACUCCUCACAUUGCUCGAUACCUACACCAACAGCAAGCCAAACCGUAACAUGAUGAAGGAGAACGGUGAGAGAGCAUGCACAGCCGAGCAGCUCGACACCAUCUUUGUCGAAUUCCUCCAGAACUUCUUGAAGAAAGCCAAGCCAAACACUUCGAUUAUCAACCACAUUCCCAAAGCACCAGAGGCAAGUGGCGAUAAGAUGCAAAUCGACGGUCCAUCAGCUGAGAAUAACAAGUCAGCUGAACACGAUUCUGACGAUGAGGACGAAGAUAAUGAACAUCAGGAUGAAGAUGAGGAAAAUGAUGAAGAUGAAGAAGCAUUUAACUCUGAUGACGAUAUGGAUUCCGAUGAGGAUGACGACAGUGGAUUCAACUUUAAUGCCAACCAAAACAAGAAGACCUCUGCCAAGGAAACGCUACGUUCCGUUGUCCACUAUGCUGUCUUGACCGGUUCCACUGCCAUUAUCCAAGCGGUGCUCGACACCAAGCCAACAGUAUUGGAUUCACUCGACUCGCGUCAUAUGACUCCACUCGUACUGGCCAUCGAGGGUCUGAAAUUUGACUGCGCAAUUCUCCUCGUUGACAGCGGUGCCAACUUGUCGCUGGUCAACAAACACAAGCAGUCACCACUCCACUUGGCAUGCAACUCCAUGCACUUCCCAUUGUUGAAGCGUCUCAUCCAGAAGGGUGCCAACGUCAACCUCAAAGAUUCCAACGGUGCAACCGCUCUCAUCAUGGCAUGCAAGAACAAGCACUCCAUUGGUGACGCCGCUAUGGAGGGUGAAGAGAAUCCAAUCUCUCUGCUCCUCAAGAACAAGGCCGAUGCCACCAUCUGUGACAACAAGAACAGAAACGCACUUCACUACUGCAUCAACUUUUCGACAUCCGACGCCAACACCUCGUUUGAAAUCGAAGAUCUUCUCAUCCGUAGUGGUGCACCAUUGAAUGCCAUUGACAAUCUCGGACGUACUCCACUCCACUACUGCUUCAUAAAGAUGGGUACUGGAAACAUGAGUAACGGUGCUACCUACGAUCCAAUCCAGACAGUCUCGUCACUCUGCUCUCACCCAACCAUUAAGGUGGAUGUUGCCGACAACUUUGGACGUACACCAUUGUUCUACGCCGCUCAGCAUGGAUCCACAGUAUCUGCACUCCACUUGCUCCAACGUAAAGCGGAAAUCAAUCGUUUGGACAAAGAUAACAAUUCUCCACUGGGAUUCGCUCUCUUUUUCAAACACCCAGAUUGCGCUAUCACUUUGAUCCAAAAGAAUGCAAAUGUCUCCAGUUCUUUGACCAAGUAUACACUCAAAGUUAUCAAGGUUCCAGUUGGACAGUCACUCGAGGAAUAUGAAAAGAGUCUACUCGAGAAGCAAACCAGUAGCCAACAUCAACAUCAACCACAUUUCAAUCACCGUGGUAGAUCACAUGCUGCUAGUUUGUUUGGUGGACAUGCCUUACACUCUGAGGUGCAAGAUGCCGACGAAGUUAAAUACUACACUGCCGUCAAGAAGGAGAACAUCGAAACAGUCGGUCUCUUCUACCAUGUAGUUCAGAACAACUACCAGGGUGUCGCCUUUAUCAUGUUGGACAGUGGACUUGACACUUUUACUGCACUCCACGACGCAUUCAAGGCCGACAAGUACCAACUCGCUCUCACCCUCUUGUCAAAGGUUCGUGAGCUCAAAGAAGUACAAUCGACAACUCACCACCAGAAUCUCUUCCACAUGAUCGGUCUCUAUCCAAGUUCCGUCACCAACUGGUCCGUAAGAAUCCAACAGAAACUUCUCAAUCUCGGAUUGAAUCCAAAUGUCAAGGACAACGAAGGUCGCACUCCACUUCACUACGCCGCCAAGAAACAGAACACCCAAUUCACCCAAUUCCUCUUGGACAACAAACUGGAUAUCAAUCUCCAAGACAAGGCAGGUUACACUCCACUGUCUUUGGCGCUUUUGGAGUCCAACCCAACCUCUGAACACCUGUUGCCAGAGGUAACGCUACUCCUCAACAACUCACCAAACUUGGAGUUGCUCUUCCCAUACAAAGAUGACAACAAGGUGACUCCGCUCAUCUACGCCAUCAUGACCAAGAACGAUACUCUCAUUAAACGACUCAUCCCCAUUGUCAAGAUCAACACUCCCGACGCCCUUGGAAUGACUCCAUUGAUGCACGCCGUCCGUAUCAACAGUGAGAAGUAUGUCGACUUGCUACUCGCCCGCAAACCAAGUCUCACUGCGCAAGACACUGACAAGAAGAACGUCAUCCAUCACAUUGUCAAUCCAACCUCGUACGGUUCCUUUGAGAAUGUCAAGUUGCUCAACUUGCUCGCCAAGAGUGGCGCACCAGUCGACGUCCAAGACAUUGCCAAGCGUACUCCCAGCUACUACGCAUCGCUCCAAGACUCUGGAAAGAUGUAUGCCGCACUUCUCUCACUCGGUGCCAAGCCAAUUCCACAGAACACACUUCCAACUCGUGAAACCUCGGUUAUUACCAACUGGGACACCUCUGUCAACUACGAAGAGGACGUCGAGAAGUACUUGGCCAAGAUCAAAGCCAAGAAUGCCGAAGAGCCACCCAAGCUCUUGCCAGCAGUGGUCGAUCGUUUCUCAGACAUGGCAGCAAACUGCGAAGUCUACGUCGACGACAAUGGUGUCAUCUACGAUGUUCUCAUGACCAAGGUCGACGCCAAGGCCGGAAUGUAUGGAAAGAACAACUUUUACAUUCUCCAACUGCUCUUUAACAAGAACAACCAGAACUUUAUUCUCUUCAAUCGUUACGGUAGAAUCGGUCAUUCCGGAAACUAUCAAAAGACCGCCUACAGCAAAGAAGAAGGUAUUGCCGAAUUCCAAAAGAUCUUCAAGAUGAAGUCCGGUGUCGUCUUUGACAAGUUCAAUGAGACCAACCCAUUCGUCCGUGUUCCAGAGAAGUACAAUCUCAUUGAGAUCGACCGUUACGACCGUAAGAAGCGUGAGGUUCUCAAGCCCUUCAAAUACGACAAGUAUCCAGCAUCGAAGCUGCCAAUCCCACUCCAAGAAGUGAUGCGUCAGUUCUGCGAUGUCGUCGCCAUUGAGAAGCAACUCAAGAAUUUGAGAAUCAACACCGACAUCAUGCCACUCGGUCGUUUGUCACACGACACCAUCCACAAGGCACUCGUGAUCCUCGGAAAACUCAAGGAUCUCGUCGAGAGCGAAAAGAAGUUGAGCGAAGAGAAAGAGAAAGACUUCAAAGCAAUCACUCAGAAUGGAGAGGAACAAGUCGACUUGUCCAACCAAUUCUACGAACUCAUUCCACAUACCGAGUUUGCCACUUACAAGAUGGAGGUGCUCUCUGACAUCCGUUUGAUUGGAGCAAAGAUCCAGUUGCUCCAGAACCUCGAUGAGCUUGAGAUUGUCUCAAAGAUCUUGCUGGCCGCUCACUCCAACAAGAAGCUGCAUCCAUUCGACUACUGUCUGAAAGCGGUCGGUUGUUCACUUGAGAAGAUCGAGCACAACACCCCCGAGUUUGAUGCACUCCGCAGCUACGCCGUCAACACUGGCGCCAGCCACAAGACUAUUGUAAAUAUAUUCCGUCUGCAGCGUAAGGAUGAAGCCGAGCGUUUCACCGCACGUUGCAAGAACCUCGACAACCACUUCCUCUUGUGGCACGGAAGUAAGACCACCAACUACCUCUCGAUUCUCUCACAGGGACUCAAGGUGGCACCGGCAGAGGCACCAGCCACUGGCUACAUGUUUGGCAAGGGUAUCUACUUUGCCGACAUGUUUGAGAAAUCCAUCAACUAUUGUCACUCCAAUGUUUCUGGCGAUGAGUUCCUCUUGCUCUCGGAGGUCGCACUCGGUAAGAUGCAAGAAUUCUUCGAAGCAACCUACAUGGAGGCCGCUCAGACCGGUUCCAACAGUACCAAAGGUAUCGGAAAUAGAGGUCCCGACUUUGCAAACAGCAUCGUUCUCAACAACGGUGUUACCAUCCCAUUGGCAACACCCGUUCAAUACCAAGUAGAUUCUACUGUCCCCGACGCUCCACGUCCAUCAUUGAACAUGAAUGAAUACAUUGUAUAUGAUGUAGCUCAAGUCAGAAUGAGAUAUUUAGUUCAAGUUAAAUAA